AUGGAAUACAUUGGAUCUUCAUUUUCAGUCUUUUCAAAGGCUAGGACAUUACAUUUAAGAAAUCUUUUACAAACCACAAAGAAGGAAUCUUUGAGUGUUAAUGAAUAUGUCUUGAAAAUGAAAGAGCUAGGAGAUGAAUUAGUUGAUAGUGGAGUCAAUCUUAGUGAUGAAGAAUUGCUACUAUAUAUACUUGAUGGUCUAAGACCAGAGUAUGACGUGGUGGUACCUAGUUUGACAUACAAUAGUAAAGAUGCAACACUUCAAGAAGCUGAGCUUAUGUUUCACAAGCAUGAAAUAAGACUGGCAAGACAAUCUAGUGCAUUGACUUAUUUUCAUAAGCAAUUUACUUCUACACUAAUUGCUUCUAAACAAGGGCUUGUCAUUUUUUCUCCAUAUGUGCAAUCUAACACGUCAGGGACUGUGUUUCCAAAUACCACACACGUAGCAAACACAAGAUCCUUAAACUACCAAACUCAUGAAGUUUACUCUUAG